AUUCAUACCUCAACGAUCAGCAUCGACACGAUUCCCGUUUCUCUCAUACUCGUCCACCAUCAAAAUGCCCACCCUAGCCCUUGCCUCAGCAACCGCAAACUUCGGCCUCACCCUCCUUCGCACAUUCCUCCACCUCAACGCCCUCACACCAACCCACACCCUCAUCCUCCUCUCCCGCACCCCUCAACCCCAGCUCUCCGAGGUGGACCCGAAUCUCACCGUCCGCAUAGUGGACUACACGGACCUCGACCAGCUCACCCACGCCUUGCGGGACGUCCACACCCUCCUCUCCCUCAUCGGUGGCGCCGGACUAAGGGACUCUCAACUCGCUCUCAUCGCCGCCGCCAAAUCCGCGGGCGUGAAGCGCUUCGCGCCAAGCGAGUUCGCGGGACACGGGUACGAGGGUAUCGAUCUGUACGCCGGGAAAGCGGAAGUAUGGGAAGCGGCCAAAGCGUCGGGGAUGGAAGUCACGAAGUUUGAGACGGGUCUGUUUAUGAGUGUUCUCGCGACAGGGACACCGAAAGAAUCAACGGAGGUCGGGGUGAGAGAAGGAGCAAAGUCGGGAGAAGAGGAGGCGUUGGCUGGUUUGCGGCCGUGGAAGUUUGUCAUCGAUGCGGAGGCCGGCACGGCGGAUUUGCCGGGUGAUGGGAGGGCGAAGUUGGUCUGGACAGAUAUGAGGGAUGUGGCGAGGUUCGUGUGGGAGGCUUGUGCGUUGGAGGAGUGGGAUGAGGUGAGUGGGAUGAGAGGGGACGUCAAGUCGUUUCGGGAGGUGGUGGAGAUUUUGGAGAGGGUGCAGGGGAGGAAGUUUCUCAUUAAGGGGAAUCCGUUGGACAAGUUGGAAAAGGAGGCUGAGGAGCCAGGCAUGCGAUUUUACAACCAGUGUCGCAUCGCAUUUGCGAAGGGUUGGGGAAUGGUGGGAGACGACCUCAAUCGAGCGUUUCCGGAUGUAAAGGCGACGACCUGCGAGGAGUUCAUUGGGAAGUGGUGGGGAGGAGUGGCACUUGGAGAGCCGCAGUGGGUGGAUGUCAAGGCGUUUGAUGCUGAAGACAUGUAA